ACGGAAUAUUUUAUUUUAUUUUAGCCUUUUCGCCAAGAAUUGCAGAUCUUUAAUGAUCUGUUUCCUCCUAUCUCUAACUUAAAACAUUUAAUGUGUGGAGGUUGAUGCUGUUCAGUCCAAACAGGAGAUGAAAUGCUGCCUGAAAGGAAAAUUCAGGGAAAAAUUAACUUUAUAUUAAAUGUUAAUGCACCAUGUCUGUACAAUAUUACUGAGCCAGAGGUAAUAAAACACAAAACAUACAUUAAUGCAGAAAUACAAUAAUCUGUUAAGUGUAAAGUAGAUAAGUUAAACGUUAAGAGGAAGGAUGAAGGUUGCUCAUAUUUCAAGUUGUUUCUCGGUGAGUUGCGUAUAGAUAUGUAUGAGAAGUGACAUUAAGCAAUGUAUAAAGGUUUAAUGAUUAUGUUUAUAUAUAUUGCAUGCAUUGCCCCCAUGAUUGCACAUUAUGUCCCGUAUGUUUACUACAUUAUCUCUAACAGAACAGUAGGUGCAUUGUUCCUACACAAUCUGCAGAACAUGAAAAAGAAAAGCACACAGGACACAGAGGAGGCAGUUCAUCAAAUCAUUGUUCAGCGGGUCCCCCCCACCCGGCCUUCAUUUCCACAAUGGCUGCUCUCCGCUGAUUCAUCCAAAGCUGUAGAUCUGAUGAGUGUGGUCCAUUUCUGGGUCAGUGAACAGCGUACCAUACUGCCACACUGAAUAGGGAACAGAGAGGGGAGGCCAUAGCUUUCAGAUCACCGCAAAACACACACAAACCAACUACACACACUCAACACACACAUCAACACAUUCAAAUGCUGACACAUGCUGUCUGUCCUCACAAAGAAGCAACAGUUCUCACAGAGCACUUUGAAUGUAAGUACUCUGCAGUCAUUUACAUUUCUCUGCUCAUGACCUGUUCAUUAGAUGCUCUUCCUCUUUAUAAUGCAGUUACACGAGAGCAGAUGUGUUAGAUGUGAUACUGUAGACGCAGAAAACUGUGUGAAUUUGUCAGCAGGUUUACUGACAGUUUGUCACAACACCUCCCCAUGGCACGAGUGAAAGGAUGCUUUUUCUAUUUUAUCUAUUAAGUUCUAAAGCUUGAAGAAAUAUUCACACACCAGAGAGCAUGAGGUCGCCCUAUUUCCCAGCGAGGACGGUGCUUUUCCACAAGGAGCCAAAUGGAGUGACGUACAGGGUCCCCGCACUGCUCUACCUGACCCGCUCCAGAUCUCUCCUGGCCUUCUGUGAGGAGAGACUCAGCCCGUCCGACUCUCAGGCUCACCUGCUGGUGAUGAAGAAAGGCACUUUCUACAGGAACUAUGUGGAGUGGGAAGACAUGCGAGUCCUGGGCUCUGCCUUCCUGCCAGGCCACCGGUCCAUGAACCCAUGCCCGGUGUACGAUGAGUUCACUGGUACUCUCUUCCUUUUCUUCAUCGCUGUUCUUGGCCACACCUCAGAGUCCUAUCAGCUGGUGACGGGGAAGAACGUGACCCGUCUGUGCUACAUCUGCAGCACUGACGACGGAGACACCUGGAGUCCUGUCACCGACCUAACCAAGAGGGUCAUAGGAGAUACAAUCAAAGAAUGGGCCACUUUCGCUCUUGGCCCGGGCCACGGCAUCCAGCUGAAGUCUGGUCGUCUGCUGAUUCCUGCCUAUGCUUACCACAUCGAGUGCAAGGAGUGCUUUGGACAGCUCUGCCUGACCACUCCCCACGCCUUCUGCUUUCACAGUGACACCCACGGGCGAACCUGGCGUUUUGGGGAGGCGGUGCCGGGGCCAGAGAGCGUGGAGUGUCAGAUGGUGUCUGUGGAUGAAGAGGAUGGGACUAAUGUGUUGUACUGUAAUGCACGCAGCCCUCUCGGAUACAGGGUGCAGGCCCUCAGUCUGGAUGAUGGAGCUGUGUUCCAGGAGGGGCAGCUGGUGCAGCGGCUGGUGGAGCCUCGAAAUGGUUGUCAUGGUAGCACUGUGGGAUUUCCUGCCCCGUUACAUUUAUGUCAUUCUCUGAACCAUCACUUACGCCAACCUAUACAACACUCCAGACACUGGACAUCUUGCAUGACCUACUCAAAUCACAACAACUCACCCUCUCCAAACAUCACCACUUCUGAUUCACCCAGUCAUGGUGCCCCUCCAGACUUCCUCACCCCCACCUGGGUGGUUUACUCCCACCCUACAUGGACCACCGCCCGCAAGGAUCUGGGCGUGUUCCUCAGCCUAUUUCCCCGUGAUCCAGACAGUUGGCGCGGGCCCUGGGUGAUCUACGAGGGCCCCAGCGCCUACUCUGACCUCGCCUAUCUAGAGUUGCCUCCCUCACCUGGUGCACCGCCUGCUGUGGCCUUCGCCUGCCUGUUCGAGUGCGGUACCAAAACAGCCUAUGAUGAAAUCUGCUUCUGCAUCUUCACUCUCUACGAGCUUAUUGAUAAUCUGCCCCGAAAUGUGCAGCUGGGAAAUAACAACAGUGAAUACAAAAGACAGCAGAACCAAAUGUCUGAGACAAGUCGGAGUUAUACAAGUGGACAUGAUUCUCAAAGGGCACCAGUUUUCCAUCAGGUGAAGAAAAGGAAAAAAAAGAGCAAGUUUACUGAGAUGUGCUCUGUGUCCUAAAUGUAUAGUUUUGAUGCUUUUAAUACAGAGUUAAAAUGUCUUCCAAUAAUUGUUUUCUAUUUACACUCAGUAGCCUUUAUUAGCUUCACCUGUACAAUCAAAUGCAGUCCAAUACAACUGUUCAGCCAUAAAGCCUACUUUUAUAAUGCCUAUAAUGUUCUGUUUAUGUCAUAGAGGAGUUAAUUCAAUUAUAUAUUUUAGCAUUGAGGUCAUAGUUAAAGGACCAGUGUGUAUGAUUUAGUGGCAUCUAGUGGUGUAGUUGCUACUCCUUCGCUUCACCCUCCUCUUACAAGUGCAAAGGAGAAACUACGGUGGCUGUGAAAAGCAUUAAAAACACGAAUGCCCCUAUCUAGAGCAGGUAUGUAGUUUGUCCCUUCUGGACUACAGUUGUACAGUGGUUCGACAUGGUGGACUCCAUGGAAGGCGACCCGUGGCGUCUGUAGAUAAAAACGUCUCAUUCUAAGGUAACUAAAACACAACAAUUCUUAUUUUCAGUCUAUUAUACACUAAUGAAACCAUACCUAUAAAUAUCAUAUUCCAUUUAUGCCAGUAGAGCCUCCUAAAUGUUCCACACUGGACCUUUAAAGAUGGAGUUGUAUUGGACUGCAUUAGAUGCAGAGGUGUCUCUAAAUGCUCCAAAUAGGAAGGACAAGAAAUUAGAAACACCUCUUAGUAUAAUGUAAUCAUUUUAUUUACACAUUUCCAACAAUACCUCCAAAACUUUAUUAUAAACUUCCUAAAUUUACGUCCACAAUGAAUUAUAGAAAAUCGUACACACUACUGACAAGAGUGAUUAUUCUUAUGAGUAGUUUUUUGUAGUGUUGAUUUAACUGCAACAGUGUGACUCAGUAAUGAUGAAAAUCAUUUCAGUUCAGGAUGUAAAGUUUUAGUUUUGAUGUUGAUCAUUUGUCAGUUUUGAUUUUGUACAACACAUUCAGUGUCAUUAAAGUUUUCCUGACACAUGAA